CUUACUUGUUUAUGGAUCACUAAAUGUUAUUCAUUUUACAGGAGAGAGAGAGUUUUCUAAAUCUCACAUGCCAAAAUGAAAUUUAGAAAGAAUAAGGAUGAGGAACCUACUGCACCCGGGCAAGUGGCCAUUAAAAAACGAUCAAAGGUCCCGGGUGUUAUGAUCACGCAGUUUGUGGAGGAAAUCCCUGAAGGAAAAAGUCACCCGGACUUCACCCGCAAACCCAUCGCCUUGACUAUUCAAGAAGGAAAGUUUGCAUUUUUCAAAGCUAUUAUUACUGGAGACCCUACGCCAACUGUUACAUGGGCUCGAAACAAUGGAGAUACAUCUGAUCCUGAGAGAUAUAUUGCUUCCUAUGACCCAAUAGCAGAUGAGCAUCAAUUACAGAUGCCGAAUGUCGAAGUUGAUCAAGCAGACACCUACAAAUGCAUGGCGAGUAAUGAGUUUGGACGUGCUUUGGUCACUGUCACACUCAAUGUAAUUGAAGUUGGGUUCAAGAAGAGCAAAGCGAUGCAGGAGGCACGAUUAGAACAACGAGAAAAAGCCGUUGCAGAUCUAAAGAAGACCCUGAGGACUCGAGUUGAAACCCAGAAAGAAGAAAGAAAAGACGGAGAAGUCGAUGAGAAAUUUUGGGAGCUGUUGUUGAGCGCUGAUAAGAAAGAUUAUGAACGCAUCUGCAGUGAAUACGGGGUGACGGACUUCCGCUGGAUGCUGAGAAAACUGAAUGAGAAGAAAAGGGAAAUUGAGGAGGAGCAGGCAAAGUUCAUCGAACACCUGAGCAACCUGAAACACAUUGAAAUUAAGACACCAGGAUGUGCCGAAUUCGAAUUCGAGAUGGACCUCAAAGAUCCUAAUGCCAAAAUCUUCCUUUUCAAGGAUGGUGUUAUGGUCCCAUUUAACACUGAAACAGAUGAGAAACAUUCUCUGCGUCAAGUUGGCAGAAAGUUCAUUUUUAGUGUCCAUGGCCUAAACCCAGAAGAUGCUGGACUGUACCAAGUCGAUAUUGAGGGGGUCAAUGUCUUUUCCACUGACUUCAAAAUUCCAAUGGUGGACUUCUUGGUAAAGAUUCAAGAAGUGAAAGCCAUAGAAAGAGAAGAUGCCGUUUUUGAGUGCGUCUUAUCUGCUCCGCUUCCGAAGAUCUCUUGGAUGGGAAAGAAUACCCAGCUGGUUCAUGGUGAAAAGUAUGACAUCAGUGUGUCUGAAGACAUGCUGAUCCACCGGCUGGUGGUGAAGGACUGCAUGCAGGUAGACAAAGGCAUCUACGCGGCCGUGGCCGGAAUGAAGUCCUGUAACGCCUGGCUCAUAGUGGACCCUGACCCUGAUCCGAACAACAGGGGCAGGAAACCUGCUCGCAAAACCACCACUGCGGGAGGGGGUGGUGCAGAUCUCCUGAAGAUCGCUGCCGUCCAGCAGGAGAAGCUACAGAAGGAGCGAGAAGAGAGAAUGGAGCAGACAAAAAAGUUUGAGGCCGAGCUAGAUGCUGCCAUAGAAGAAGAGCCACCAGCGGAGGAGGUUCCUCCCAAGGGUCCCACUGGUCCUACUGAGGUUCCUGCUGGUUCUCCCAAGGUUCCCGCUGUUCCUACUGAGGUUUCCACUGGUCAUCCCAAAGGUCCAUCUGGUCCUCCCAAGGCUCCAGUGGGUCCUACAAAGGGUCCCACUGAUCCUACCGAGGUCCCUGCUGGUUCUGCUGAAGAUCCUGCUGAUUCUGCUGAGGUUCCUGGUGGUCCUUCUGAGGAUCCUCAGGUUCAAACAGCAACUUCAAAACCAAAAGACAAACAAAAACCUAAACCUAAGCCAGACUGUGGUGACAUAGUAAAUGAGUCAGAACCUGUGCCUAAAGUGAAUAAGAAAAAAGCACCAGAAUUUUUACCAGAAGAACGUGUUUCAUCACCUCCAGAGGAAGAGUCACCCAGCGAAGAACCAAAGAAGAGAGUUAGGACUGGACCUUUAAUUCCAGACACCAAAAUUGAUCCAGGGGUUCACUUCACCAAUGGCCUGUCAGAUGUUCAUGCCAUCAUUGGCCAAUCAGCUGAAAUGAAGUGUAAGCUGAGCCGUGACUGUGAUGGUGUUUGGUAUAAAGAUGGAAAAGAGAUAACGUCCACCGAUGAUCUGAAAAUCCUCAAAGAUGGGGUCGUGCAUAAACUAAUGAUAACUAACUGCCAAGAAGAUGACAGUGGAAAGUAUCGCUUUGAGGCAGAUGGACGUAAAACGGAAGCGAUAAUGAUCGUGGAAGACCCACCAAGGUUGAACCAAGAUGACUUGGCCAAGUUCUCAGAGCCUGUGAUCAUCAAAGUCGGACAAAACGCAACAUUCAAACUGGAGUUCGUUGGGCGUGAACCAAUAAAAGUGCAGUGGUAUAAUGAGGGGGAGGAGCUUACUGAGGACAAUCACAUCCGGAUUGAAAAGUCGGCCAGUCACAGUCGCCUUGUGCUCGUGAAAUGUCAACGCAAAGACAGUGGAGAAAUAAAGCUCAAACUCAAGAAUGAAUUUGGAAUUAUUGAAGCCUUUUCAAAACUUAUAGUUCUCGAUAAACCCACCAACCCAAUGGGGCCCAUUGAAGUAAUAGAAGCUUCAUCCUCCUGUGUGGAGUUCAAGUGGAGGUCCCCGAAGGAUAAUGGUGGUUCUCCUAUAACAAACUACAACUUGGAGCGUAACCAGAUUGGGAGGAACACCUGGGUGAAGCUUGGAAACAUCCCUGCAGAGCCCCAUUACAAGGACACCGAUGUGGAUCACGGAAGAAAGUACUGUUAUCGCAUCAGGGCCAUAACGGCAGAGGGAAUCAGUGAUGUUUUUGAGACAGACGACAUACAGGCUGGAACCAAAGCAUAUCCUGGACCACCCUCCACACCCAAGGUGGUCAGUGCCUUCAAGGACCGCAUCGCUUUGACAUGGGUUCCUCCCACCAACACCGGAGGAACCAACAUUGUUGGCUACAAUUUGGAGAAACGCAAAAGGGGAAGCAACUUAUGGACUCAAGUGAACCUCCCAGACGAGCCAAUCAAAGGCAAACAGUUUGAAGUGAAGGAUGUUGUUGAAGGAAUGGAAUAUGAAUUCCGCGUGUCGGCCAUUAACUUCUCUGGCACCGGAGAACCAAGCUCACCUUCCGAAUUUGUGGUUGCCAGAGAUCCUAAAAAACCCCCUGGUAAAGUCAUUGACCUGAAAGUGACAGAUUCCUCCUAUACCUCAUUGACUUUGGGUUGGACUAAACCAAAGGAAGAACAGGGGGUCCAGGAUGAAGCUAAGGGUUACUUUGUGGAAUUAAGACCAGCCGAGAACACAGAAUGGAGUCGUUGUAACUCCAACGUCCUCAUUACAACUUCAUAUACAAUUCUUGGUCUUAAAUCUAUGGCCAUGUAUUGGGUACGAGUAGUUGCAACCAACGAAGGAGGAGAUGGUCAACCACAGGAUUUGGACAACUACAUCAUUGCCAUGCCCCCACCUGUAAGGCCAAAAUUCACUGAUCGAAAAAUGAAAAGCUUUAUGGUCGUAAGAGCUGAAAAUUCUGCUCGGAUCAACAUAAACUUUGAGGCAUCCCCUAUGCCAACUAUAAUCUGGCUGAAAGAUGGUAUGCCCGUGUCCAAACGUGUAACUGUGAGCAACACGGACGGGUCGACCCAGCUCUUGAUUGCAUCUGCCGAACGCUCAGAUACGGGGAUCUACUCCGUCAUUGUCAAGAACAUUGUGGGUCAGGAGACGUUCAGCGUUGAGAUAAGAGUUACAGAUGAUCCCAAGCCACCUGGUCCACUUCAGCUGGAAGAAAACGUCCCUGGCACACUGACAGUUUCCUGGGACGCUUCUCCUGAUGAGAAACGUGAUAAUCAUCUGCAUUACAUGGUGAUGAAACGGGACUCCGUCAAACGCACCUGGCACACGGUGGCAGAUCGCCUAUUUAACAACAACUUCACUGCGGUUAAUAUCAUGCCAGGAAGGGAGUAUAACUUCCGCGUGUAUGCCAAAAACGACAUAGGCCUUUCUGAACCAUCCGUUUCCCAAACUUGGGGCGUUGUGAGGAAAAGAGAAAAGUUCAUUCUGAACCGGACGCCACCCAAAACCUGCAACUUUGAAUCUGCCCCCAUAUUCACCGUUCCCCUGAAGACCCACAGUACCCCGGAAAAAUAUGAGUGCUAUAUGAGCUGCGCGGUUAAAGGCGACCCCGCCCCCCGUGUCACCUGGUACCGAAACAACAUUAGUCUCAAUGCAAAUGACAACUACUACAUCACCAACACCUGUGGCGUCUGUUCCAUGCUUAUAUUGACAGUCGGUCCCAAAGAUAACGGAGAGUACAAAGUCGUGGCGGAAAAUCAUUUAGGCCAAGCGGAGUGCGUCACACAGCUGACAAUCUUAGAAUGAUUUAUCUGUGAGUGAUGAAGACUCGUGUGACUAAUCUUUGAUUUAAAAUAUCAACACUGAAAACCACAAGCAAGCUGAGAGAGUUUAUACAGCUUUUGGUAAUUGAUUUAUUGGUUGUGUAUGUAUAUUGCUGUCAAACUAAUGUCAGAUAAUUUAUCAAAUUAUUAUAUAAAUAAUUAUUUUUCAACCAUUUCAACUAUUAAAUUGUCAUCUAUUCAGUGCCUCAAAAUGACUGUUCAUAAGAAUUUUUGGACAAUCAGGAUUGAUCUCUUGAACAUCAUUUGUUCAAUUUUCUUAUUACUGCUGUGUCUGACAGUAUGUGACCCCUCUGGGACAAAGGUUAUAAACGCUUAAAAGUGAAAACAGGCAACAUUUGCUCUUAAUAGCCAUUAAAUCUGCCUGCAAAUGUCAGCGUUGUGCACUAGCGUUCCUUGUAAAUAUUUGAACUUGCCAUAAACCGGCAUCAUAAAAAUCCCUCCACUGUAUGUUGAAAUGCGCUCUAUUAGUGCAUACGUUUUGAAAAUCAUUGAAAAAUAUAUCACUCAGAGGCAGUGUUUCAAACAAAUGUCACUGAAAUGU